UUACGGCAAUAGCGUCAGUGCGUGGCGCUCGAGCUUGGCCGCAAUUUACACGUGGCUGUGUGGGACGCAGGUUGCUGCUGCUGCCUCUACAGUCACUGCCGGCACUGUCCUUAUCGCUACCAGAAUGAAGCGACCGAAGUUAAAGAAAGCAAGUAAACGCAUGACCUGCCAUAAGCGGUAUAAAAUCCAAAAAAAGGUUCGAGAGCACCAUCGAAAAUUGAGGAAGGAGGCUAAAAAACGGGGUCGCAAAAAGCCUAGAAAAGACCCAGGAAUUCCAAACAGUGCUCCCUUUAAAGAGUCUCUUCUUCGGGAAGCUGAGCUAAGGAAACAACGACUUGAAGAACUAAAACAGCAGCAGAGACUUGACAGGCAGAAGGAACAGGAAAAGAAAAGAAAACUUGAAACUAACCCUGGUGUUAAGCCAUCUAACUUGGAACCUGUGAAAGAGGAAUUCGGGCAGGGCAAAGCUAAGGACAAACCCAAGUCCGGCAAACAAAAUCCGAAGAAGUUGUAUUGUCAGGAACUUAAAAAGGUGAUUGAAGCCUCAGAUGUUGUGCUGGAGGUGUUGGAUGCCAGAGAUCCUCUUGGUUGCAGGUGUCCCCAGGUAGAAGAGGCCAUUAUCCAGGGUGGACAGAAGAAGCUGGUACUUGUAUUAAAUAAAUCAGAUUUGGUACCAAAGGAGAAUUUGGAGAACUGGCUAAAUUAUUUGAAGAAGGAAUUACCAACAGUGGUGUUCAGAGCCUCAACAAAUCUGAAGGACAAGGGCAAGAUAAUCAAGCAUUUGAAGGUAAGGAAGAGAGCUCCAUUCAAAAGCGAAGUCUGUGUUGGAAAAGAUGGCCUUUGGAAGCUUCUCAGAGGUUUUCAGGAAGCUUAUGGCAAAGCCAUUCAGGUCGGAGUAAUUGGUUUCCCAAACGUGGGGAAAAGCAGCAUCAUCAAUAGCUUAAAACAAGAACGGAUAUGUAAUGUUGGUGUAUCCAUGGGGCUUACAAGGUGCAUGCAGGUUGUCAGCCUGGACAAACAAAUCACCGUCCUAGACAGUCCAAGUUUCAUUGUGUCUCCACUGAACUCUGCCAGCGCACUUGCUCUGCGAAGUCCAGCAAGUAUUGAAGUGGUGAAACCGGUGGAGGCUGCUAGCGCCAUCUUGUCCCAGGCCGAUGCUCGACAGGUGAUACUGAAAUUUACUGUUCCAGAUUUUAAGAAUCCUCUGGAAUUUUUUACAUCACUUGCUCAGAGAAGAGGACUGCACCGAAAAGGUGGAAGCCCACAUUUAGAGGGUGCUGCCAAACUGAUGUGGUCCGAGUGGACAGGUGCCUCCUUGGCUUACUAUUGCCAUCCCCCUACAUCCUGGACUCCUUCUCCACAUAUUAAUGAGGGCGUUGCAACCAGCAUGAUACAGGGCCUUAAUCUGGAAGAACUGGAAAAGAACAAUGCACACAGCAUACAUACUAUCAGGGGCCCUCGUUUAGCCAGUAGCAUCCUUUUCCAGUCUUCGGGUCUGACAAAUGGAAUAAUUGAGGAAAAGGACAUACCCGAAGAACUGCCAAAACAGAAAGAGAAGCAGCAGCAGGAGGAGGGGGAGGACUACAGUGACCAGGACAGUGUUGAAGAAGCUGCUGAAAAGAGCUCAGACGUGUGUGGGGCAGAAGAGGCCUGGGAGGCACUGCCUGAAGAGUCUCAAGCAGAUGAGUCAGCACUAUCUUACAUCUCAGAUAAAAUGACUGAAGAGGAAGAUGAUGCUUACGACUUCAGUACAGACUACGUAUAAGAGUCUUUUCAUAAGGUGGCUUCUUAGCGUUUUGAACAGACUGCUAAGCUGUUAUAUUGUGUGUGAUGGACCAGUUUGUUUUACAGUAUGAUGUAAACUAUAAAUUUUGUAAAUAUGUAUCAUACAUUCUUUAAAAUAUGGCAAUUAAAAAA